UUUUUUAACAUUAAAAAAUAGGUUGUGAAGAAUUCUAUUGAGGGAUGAUUACUUUUCUAAAUCCUAAGGCGGAGUCUUUACGUCGAGAACAAGCCUUACAGGUUAAUAUGGCAGCAGCACAAGGUCUUCAAAAUGUCCUUAAAAGUAAUCUUGGACCUAAGGGAACAAUUAAAAUGUUGGUGGAUGGAGCAGGAAAUAUCAAACUUACAAAAGAUGGAAAAGUUCUUUUAACAGAGAUGCAAAUUCAAAAUCCAACAGCAAGUAUUAUUGCGCGUGCAGCAGUUGCACAAGAUGAAAUUACAGGUGAUGGAACAACAUCAAUUUGUCUUUUAGUGGGGGAAUUGCUUAAACAAGCGGAUGUUUAUAUUCAGGAGGGACUUCAUCCUAAGGUAAUAAGUGAAGGGUUUGAUUUGUCUUUGAAAGAAGCUCUUAAGUUUUUGGAUGAAUUUAAAAUUGAUAAAGAGAUGGAUCGUUCAACAUUACUUUUAGUAGCACGAUCAUCGUUGUCAACAAAACUACAUCCCUUAUUAGUUGAAAGUUUAUAUCCAUCUAUUGUGGAUGCAGUUUUAUCUAUCCAAAGAGAAAAUGAGCCGAUUGAUUUGCAUAUGAUUGAGAUUAUGAAGAUGCAACAUCGCACAUCUACAGAUACACAGCUUAUUAAAGGGCUUCUUUUGGAUCACGGUACUCGUCAUCCAGAUAUGAUUAAAAAAGUUGAAAAUGCAUUUGUUCUUAUUUUGAAUGUUUCAUUAGAGUAUGAAAAAACGGAGAUUAAUUCAGGUUUUUUUUACAGUAGUGCUGAACAGCGAGAAAGACUUGUUGAAAGUGAAAGAAGAUUUGUUGAUAAUAAAUUAAGAAAGAUCGUGGAAUUGAAGAAACAAGUAUGCGGGAAUGAUCUAAAAAAAGGAUUUGUUGUAAUCAAUCAAAAAGGGAUUGAUCCCUUAUCUUUAGAUGUCUUAGUUAAAAAUGGUAUUUUUGCUUUAAGACGCGCAAAAAGACGCAACAUGGAAAGAUUGCAGCUUAUUUGUGGCGGUAUUGCUCAAAAUUCUGUAGAUGACCUUACUCCGGAUAUUUUGGGUUGGGCUGGGCUAGUAUAUGAACAGACAUUGGGUGAAGAGAAGUAUACAUUUGUGGAAGAAGUUAAAGAUCCAAAGAGUGUUACGAUUCUUAUAAGAGGGCCAAAUGCACAUACUAUUAGUCAAAUUCAAGAUGCAAUUCGCGAUGGUCUUAGGAGUGUAAAAAAUGCAAUUGAAGAUCGUUGUUUAGUCCCGGGUGCAGGUGCUUUUCAAGUAGCAUGUUCUGUUCAUCUUCAAAAAAACUUUAUUCAUAAUGUUAAAGGGAAGACAAAAUUAGGUGUUCAGGCGUUUUCUGAGGCCUUGUUGGUUGUUCCUAAAACUCUUUCUGCUAAUAGUGGAUUUGAUACACAAGAUACAAUUGUUGCAUUGAAAGAUGAGUCUCAUCAAGGACAUAUUGUAGGUGUAGAUUUAAAAACUGGAGAGCCUUUUGAUCCAAUAUCGGAGGGGGUUUACGAUAAUUAUAGAGUCAUUAGGCAUAUGUUGCAUUCAUCUUGUGUAAUUACUACUAAUCUUUUAAAUGUAGACGAAAUUUUAAGGGCUGGAAGGAGUAGUCUUAAGGAAACAUCUCAAGUUUAA